UAAGAAACCCCCGCCAACCCCGGACUCGUUCAAAACCACUAAACCAGUAAAUCUUGAAACAAGCCCCUCCCUCUCAAUUUUCUGAAUCUUUUCUUUGUUGUAUGUUUGCUGUUAUAAUUUUUGUCUCAAGUUUUGUGCUUUUCUAAACAUAGAAUAACACAAUCCGAUAUACAACACUCAGCUUCCAGCCAUGUUGCGCUCCAAAUCAAGAUCCAGGGCUUUAGAUGUUGGAGCAAAGCACCAUAGGUCAAUUGUUUCUAGGACAUUAUCUUCCUCCAAGAUUUGUAGAGAGGACCCUUUGAUCGAUAAAAACGCGCUUGUUUCGAUUGACAGAAGGCCCUCGGCAGCCAAGAUCAUCUCUGCAUCUGAGAAUCAACUUGUUAGGGUCUCUACUAUGCAAAGGCAGAUGGGGCGGAUUGAGGAAGAGUUAAAGCUCACAAAGAAUCAACUAGAUGCAGCUGAACAUGAUAGAGAUCGAGCCCUUGAUGAGCUCCAAGAGUCGAAAUUGAUGGAACACGAGGCCAACUCGAGAUUGACUGAAGCCUUGUCCCCUGGGAGGUCUGGAAAAGUACUUGCUGAGCUUACAACCGUGAAAGAAUUGCUAUCUGAUUCUCAAAAAGAUUUGGCUGCCAAGGAGAAGUAUAUUGAAUCGAUAAAACUUGAGCUUGACAAGGCUAAGCAGUUGGAGAACAAAUUAGCUGACAAACUUUCAUCCCUAGGGAGGUUGGAGGACGAGCUACGUAUUGCCAGGGUUUCUGAGACUCGUGCUAUGGAUUUAUGUGCAGAAAGUAGGAAAAGAGUUGCAGAACUAGAGGCUGAGUUGAAGGAACUAAAACAAUCUAAAAGUGAUGUGUUGGGAUCAGAAGCGUCCCUGACCAAAGAAUUCGAGGCAGCAAAGAUUGAACUUGAAGAAUCUAAGCGGCAACUGGUUUCUCUUCACGAUCAAUUGCAAAAGUUGCAAAGUUCAUCAGGAGUAAGUAGCAGAGAGCAAAAUGGUAUUAAACUAAGUGAUGGUAUUGAUGGUAAGAGUGAACCGGGUCAAAAGUCUGCAACUUCAAUGGUGGUUGCUCCACAAAGUGAGAUCGAAGUUCUUAAGAAGCAGCUAAAGGCUGCAAUUGAGGGAGAAGAACAGAGCACAAAGGCUAUGAAUGAUCUAGCUUUAGCAUUAAAAGAGGUCGCCACAGAAUGCAAUUAUGCAAAGGAAAAACUUAUUUCAACUGAAUCGGAACUAGAUAAGUAUCGGAAGCUUUUGGAUGAAGAAAAAAAAGAAGCCGAAUUACACAGAAACACUGCAGAUAGACUAAGACUGGAAGCAGAGGAGUCAUAUCUGGCAUGGAAUGGUAAGGAAAAAGGAUUCGUCGACGUCAUAAAACAAGUUGAAGAGGAAAAAGUCCGUGCACAACAAGAGAAUGUUAAACUGAAAGAAUCUUUAGAGAAGGCUGAGAAUACUUUGAAAGAGGCAGAGAAUAGUUUACACGAGGCAGAGAAUACUUUACACGAGGCUGAGAAUACAAGUAGAACAGCUAGAGAAGAAAAUGAAAAAUUAAGGGAUGUCCUCAAACAGGCAAUUAAUGAAGCUAAUGUUGCUAAAGAAGCUGCAAGUAUUGCUCAACAAGAGAAUUCCGAACUUAAGGAUUCUCUUGUAGACAAGGAGAAAACCAUCGACUUUCUUGCUCGAGAGAAUGACCAGUUGAAAUUUGAUGAAGCUGCAGCCAGUGAAAGGAUAAAAGAGUUAGAGAGACUGCUUUCGGAGGCUCAGUCAGAAGCAAAGACUGAAGAUAAGGAUUCUGGCAUAGCUUUUAUGUCACCAGAAUCAUUGUUUGACGACCAUAAGGAAGAUUAUAAUAAACGAGAAGAUUAUAGUAAAAAAGAAGCCACGGCUCUUAAGAAAGGUUUUAGUUUCGAUCUUCACAGGAUAAAGUUGCAUAAUAAGUAUCAAGAUGAAGAUGACAUGCUGGGAGAGGAGGACCCUAUUAAAGCUGAUGCAUUAAGGGGCUCGAUAUUUGACCCCUCUACCAGAACACCGAGGUCGGAGGCUCAUACACCAAAACAAGCGUCGAAACAUCAUCAUCACCACCUUCCUCAUCACAGGAAAAAAUCUUCAUUGUCAAACAUAGACACUGUGCAUUUGGAGGAUUUGGAUCAUCUAGAUGUUGAUUCACAACACGAUAGUGAAGGGACGUCUGAGGAGUCAGAAGCUGAUAGACAGGCUCAUAGGAAAAAGAAAUCAGUAGCUCUAAAGAAUUUUGGAUAUCUCUUAAUGAGGAAAAGUUUUACUCAACAUACAGGUCAUACAAAAAAGGAAUCAAGCAUACUUAGCCCUGAUCAUGAGUAGCCUUUUUUGAAGCUGUUUGUACCAUGUAACUAUUUUCGAAUCUAUGUCUACCAUGCAACAAUACGAGCAGUUAUACAUGCACAAAAUUAUAUAUAUAAUUUUGCAUAAAAUGACAUGAUGAUUGGGUGAGAUGUUUUAAUUGGUGAUUUUU